UCAGCAACUGCAUGUGCCAGAACUCCGAUUGGGAAUGAGCUUCUGCGACAAGAAUUCUGGUUAACUGGAAUCGAGCGGCCCAAUAUAUCGAGAGCACAUGUGAAGAACCCCCCUCGCCCAAAACCACAGAUUACAUAAUCCGCAUCACCCAUCUCAACUAGCUCGGUGACGGGAAACUCGGUCCCCCUCCAUCAAACACCAACAUGGCUGCACCCCGCCUCCAGUUCCUCUGGCCGAUGCUAUUCAGACCCCUGAAACCAAACGAAGCCAUUCCUCAUUUCAGACUUGACAAAGGCCAUUCCCCACGUCACUUCUCCUCGUGUCCCCCUCAUACCCAUCCAGUUCGACAACGCUAUGGACCCGCCCGGGAGCCAGAACCCCAUCUCCGCGAGCAGGCCGCCCAAAACGUACAAGAUACCGCAAAAGCAAAUACCGACACUCAAAAGCCCCCGGUGAAAGGACCCCUAGAAGAGGAAGAGGAGGAGGAACCACCCCCAAUCAUCUACUCUACCCCCGAUCGCCCGACGACCACCACCUCCGAAACUCUAGACGAAGCCAUGCCCGUCUCCGCAGCCCCAGAUCCGCCUCUCACAGGCGACUCAAAGCCCCUGGAUACCGUACUGCACAUGCCGAGCCCAGCCGAAGAGGAGUCGCGGAGACCGCCGCACCUGAAGACCCCGCCCUACGUCCACCACUUUGAUAGUUACAGUCUGGUGAAGCAAUUGACCAAAGGGGGAUACGCGCCCGAGCAAGCCGUCACCAUCAUGAAGGCCGUGCGAGGCAUACUCACCGAGAACAUUGAGCUCGCACGGCAAAGCCUCGUGUCCAAGUCGAAUGUCGAGAACGAGACGUAUCUCUUCCGCGCCGCGUGCAGCGAGUUGCGCAUCGAGGUGCAGAAUAGUCGCAAGAGCGAGAUGGAGAAGAUGCGCACCGAGAGGAACCAGUUGCAGCACGAGGUGGAUAUUUUGAAUCAGCGGCUGGGGCAGGAGACGGGCGCGUUGAAGGAUGAGUUGAAGGGGUUGUUUGACGAUAGGAAGAUGGCGGUGAGGAAUGAGCAGAGGGCCAUGGAUUCGAAGAUUCAAGAACUAAACUACAAGAUUACCGUCGCAUUGAACUCGGAUGCCCGCAGCGAGGUCGAGGCUCUGCGCUGGGUUCUUACGCGACGGGCGGCCAUCACAAUAGGCGUGUCCGCAUUCAUGCUGUUCCUGGCUUUGCGAUACUCCACCUAUGUGCACCACAACCAGCAAGAGGAGAAGAAGAAGGCUCAGAAGCGACAGCCCCCAGAGCAAGCACAGGAUAACACAGCAGCCAGCCCUCCACCUGCUCCACCCAGCGGACAAGAAGCUUCAGGGGGAGAAUUAUUGGCCUCCACGGGUGGGGUCUCAUUAGGAUGAACUGCGACGAACAGCAUCAUGAAAA